CCAUCAUUGAAAUUGUACUGGAAUAUCGUAUAUACUUUUCUCCCUUCGACAAAAUUCCUUUUUAUCCCUUAAUCUCUUUCAAUCAUCAAAAUUUUGGGUGCAUUAAUCUGCCAUUUUCCGAACCCUAGUGGCGCUUUGGACCAUCUUUGUCGUUGUUUGCUACAGUCAUGGAGCUUUUUCAAGAAUUAGUGUUUACAAUCUCUUUCUCUCUCAUAGUUUCCUUGUUAAUCGCAAAGCUGUUUUCAAUGUCAUCAAGUUGUGAUGAUGGGGCUUCAACCUUAUCGAAAAGUGUUGAAGAAAAGAUCGAGAGAGAAUGGGUUGUUUGUGAUUCUGUGAAAGAGGAGAAAUCUGGGUACUUUGAAGAUGCAGUGAGAGUUAGUGAAGAUGUUCUUUUCGGAUAUGCUGAAGCUGAAUUCUUAACUGAGCAUGUGAUCGAUGACUCAAAAAGUGUCGGUGGCGUCGGUGAGAGUUAUGUGUUCGACGAAAGUCCUGAGAGAACCGAAUCUAAAGAUGAUGCUGCUUAUUCGGUGAAAAGCGAUGAGGGUAAUGUGGUGGAUCCUGUUUUAGCUAGUGAUAUGGGAUCAUCAAUACAAGAAGAUUGUAUGAAAUCCAUUGAAGCACAACAGGAAUCAUCUUCCUCCGUUGACGAGAAUUACAUGUUCGACGAAAGUCCUCAGAGAGCCAAAUCUAAACACGAUGCUGUUUAUAAAAGUGGUGAGGGUAAUGUGGUGGAUCCUGAUACGCGAUCAUCAACAGAAGAAGACACUGUGAAGUCCAUUGAAGAACAGCAAGAAUCAUCUAGUGCCGCUGUUGUGCGCUAUGUGUUCGACGAAAGUCCUCAGAGAACCAAAUCUAAAGACGACGCUGUUUAUUCGGUUAAGCCUAUUUUCGCUAGCGACAUCUCAUCAUCAACACAAGAAGAUUGCAUCAAAACUAUUGAAGAACACCAUGAAUCAUCCGCCAUUGAUGUUGGUGAAGUGAAGCUUGAGGAGAAAGAAGGGGUUUUUGACGAUGAUUGGCAGGGAAUUGAGACAACAGAAUUGGAAAGAAGAUUCGGUGCUGCUGUGGCGUUUUUGGGAUCCAAAACGAUUGCUGAUCGGGUAAAUUUGAUUGAUAAUGAAGUAAAGAUGCAGUUUUAUGGGCUUCAUAGAGUCGCCAUUGAAGGACCUUGCUUUGAAUCGCAACCCAUGGCUCUCAAAGUCUCUGCUCGUGCUAACUGGAACGCAUGGAAACGUUUAGAGAAUUUAGGGCGAGAGGAUGCAAUGGAACAAUACAUUGCUCUUCUUUCUCAACACAUUCCCGAUUGGAUGGGAACUCAUGUUUGUGAAGAUGAUAGUGUGCAAUGACAUGGAGUUGUUUUAUGGGUGGAUCUCGGCUCCUUGGCAAUAUCUCUCUCACAUUAUUCGAUCUAAUUGGAAGAAGAUGAGUUACCUUAUUUCAUCAAUAGUCGAGUGAUAAUAAUGAAUGUUUAUUUGUAAAUAAUGAACUUGUUAUGUUUGCGUUUAAUUUAGUGUUAUUGUAAGUAUUAUUGUUGUUGGUGCUCAUUACUGCUCAUG